CAACGAAACUUGAAAUUAUAAAGAAUAACGAACUGUUAAAAGGUGUCGCUUUUCAGAUAUAAACAAAAAUAGUAUAAACCAUGUGUUCCCACGAGAGCAUUACAUGGACAAUCACGGAUAAUUCUGUUACGGACAGAAUGCUCGAGAAUUCCCUGAUACAUAAAUUUAGACCAUCACGGAAAAUACGAAAGGGGACAAAACUACUCAAUACUGAAAUAAAGAAACAUUGUGGUGUGGCAAAUUACCAGCAUUAUGUAGAACUGAAAACAAAUGUCAUACGAAACUUAGUAAAAGACACUGAUACUAGUGAUAGUAGCAGUCUCAGUGAUGUUGAUUAUGAUAUUAUAUAUAAUUCAUCAAAACGAGCCAAAUAUAAAGCCAAAAAUUUUCAGAAUUAUGUUUCUAUCAGCGAGGAGAACUAUAAAGGCUGUAACAGAAGAACUGUCAUACAUAAGAAGAAAAGCAGAGGCAGAAGCACAGAAAGAAAAGUACAAGUAAGAAAAUCACCGCGAUUGAAUCCUAUAGUGUCGGAGAAAUGUAUUAAUACAGGUUGGCAAGAAGUUAUAAACAAGAAUAAUAGUGUACCACAUAAACGAUCACGUACAAAUAUCUCGAAUAAUAAAAGAAAUAUUUUGAAGAGUAAUGAUCGUAUUCAUUUGAAAGCUCAAUCUAAUAAGCAGUCUCUUUCUCCACAAUUAGAUUCUCAAAUCAGUUCAACGUCUAGUAUAAUGAAACCUGGAAAUAAAUAUGUGAGACAGAAUCACGAAGACUUUGAUGCAAUAGAUAAUAAAUUAAGUUCUGAAGAUAAUAAGAUAUUCAAUAAAACAAAACCAGUAAGUAAAAAGAUACAAAAUAAAAAAGAUCAAAGUGCAACAAUAAAUAGAUCAAAUAUUGAACUUGAUUCUCAUGGUUUACAUCAUCACUCAUCUCUACCUCAAUCGACAAGUUUAGAAAAUAGUACUAAUGCUGAUAAUGAAUUAAAUUCCCUUGUUAAAUCAAAAGAUAACACCAACGAAUCAACUGCAGUAAUCGAAAGUUCGAUAAAUGCGAAGAAUUGUAACAGCGCUUAUAUAAAUUACAAACCAAAAUUGUUAAAAGAUGUUAAAAGGAAUUUAAUACCAGCGCUAGAAAAAGUCGAUUCCAUGAAUAAUAGUAAAGAUAUAACAGAUAAAAGUAUAGGAGGUGAAUUAAGUUAUGAUCAGUUACUUCCAGAUAUCGAAAAGUUUGAUCAACACCACAGUACACCAUUAAAGAAAAUACAAACAAAUGUACCUAAUAAAGAUUCGUCAUCAGAUGUUUUGCAGGACCAACAAAAAGAUUCUGGAAUUGAUGAAGAUUCGCAAGAUAAGUUGGUCAAGAUAGAAAAAUCUAAUAAGACUCCAAUGAAUCAAAAUAUGGAAAAAAACGCAAAAAAAAUUCUUAUUUCUUCUCUUGAACUGAAAAAGACUGACGAAGUAUUCGAAACAAUGGAAGAUUGUGAAGAGGUUGUAAAGGAUCCACAAUUAAAUGACAUUUUAAGAGAACAAAUUAACAAAGAAGAGAAGAUACCUUCUGGAGAAGAAGAAAUGAAAAAUUCCCCCCAAUUAAAUCAAAUUAAUAUGAACGUAGAAACAAAUGAGGAAAAUGAACAUUUUGUAAAAACGAAAGGUUCAAGUGAUAUUCAAAAACAGCAAUUGUUAUCUCCUAAAAACUAUAUGAAGGAAGCUCAUUCGAAUCCUUGCAGUCUUAUUCAAGAAAAAGAAGAUGAAAGAAUAGUAAAAAUUCCCGCUGAAGAAGAAAAAGAUACAUCUCUCCAAUUAAAAGAAGAUAAUGCAAAGGUCGAUUUAGAAGUUCCUUCAAUUAAUCACAAAGGAAAACAAAAUAGCAAAGAAGAAAAAGAAUCUUCUGGAGAAAAAAUAAAAAAUUUCUCUCAAUUAAAUCAGACUAGCAAUGUCACAGAGAUUCAUUCGAUAAAUCGUGAAGAUCGAACACAUUUCGUAAAAUCAGAAAACUCACUCGAUGUUCAAAAACAGCAAGUGUUAUCUCCUAAGGAAAAUCAUAUAAAAGAUGUUCAUCUGAAAUCUAACAAUAUUUUAGACGAAAAUAAUAGACAAACAAAUGAUGAGAAAGAAGAAAAUAAUUUCUUCCAAUUAAAUCAAGUUAAUAAGAACGCAAAGGGGCAUUUAAUAAAUCAAGAAGAUAAAACUUGUAUGAAACAGGAUACACAUGAUACACAAAAACAUGAAACUUUAUUACCUAAAAUUACGUGUACUGAAAUUCUGAACAAAAAAUAUAAGCUAAUAUAUAAGAAAGACGAUGUCGUCAAAAGUAAUAUAGAAAAAAUUGAUAAAAUUGAUAGUACGAACAUUAGCAAUGAAAAUCCUUCUAUAAGAAAGAAUACUUUAGUACAUUGUCCAGAUGUCGUUGAUCAUAAUACUGACAAUUUGCAAGAAACAGCGGUAAAUGAGGAAGAAAUUGAAACACCAAUGACAUUGGAAACUGAUAAUGAAGAGGAUAAUAUGAACUAUAUGUCACCUCAAAUUAAAAAGCGACUUCAGCAGCAAGCAAGAUUGAAUUUAGUAGUAAACAGCGAUUCCAGUGAAAGCGAUGACGAAUAUGUAACCACCAAAACUUCGCAAAAACAUAUUCAAAUACAGUUCAAAGACAGUUCAAAUACGAAUCAUUGCAAUGAAGACGACAACUUGAGUAAUGAUGAAAUCAACUGCGCUUCUAAACAAACCGAAACAGACAUUUCAUGUAGCGAAAAUAUUUGCAUUCACAAAGAGGCUACAUCAGCUAUAGAAGAAGUAAAAUUAGAUUCAACGAAUACGAAGGAAGACAUAAAAGAAACUGAAUCAUUAAUAAGUUGUACAUAUGAGAAUAAUGAUUCAUUGCAAUCUGCAACAAACAAAAACCCACUGCAAGACACGCCAAAUUGUGAAAAUGUACAUAAUGAUAACCAAAGUCAACUUAAAGAAAACUUAAUUGAAAGUCUUCAGUUAAGAGUUUCUGAUGGUGACGUUUCGUGCAAUAGUAAAAAAUCUAUUAAUGAAUUUCAAGAACACAAACAACCUAUGUUGAAUAAGGAGAACACAUGUACUAAAAGUAAUCAGAAUGAAGAAGCAAUAAGCACUGAAUUCAAGACAAGACAUGAAUCUGAACACAAGCAAAGUACACAAGCAUCAAUCAAAUGUUCAAACAUACAUCUUAAUAGCUCUUGCCAAUAUAGACCACGCAAUUUACAACAACUAAUCGAAGAUCAAGACUUGUUUGUGGAAACAAUACCAGCAAGUUUUACAUUAACCAAUCUUUCUAAAGACGAAGAAGCUUUUAUCUUAAAUGUUCCAAGCAAGGUACUGCAAAGCAAUUUGCAAGGUCAGGUACUAACAUUAAAAGAGAAAUCGAUAAAACUCAAUGAAUGUAAAUACAGAAUUGUAUGCAAAGAAGUGGGUACCACAUCUUGUAUUUUUGCUACUGGUAAAAAACAGAAGCCUUAUAAGAUCAUAAAUAUUAAAAAUAUCAGUACUAUUACCGUACGAGAAAAAUUGCCACAAGAUUCGAGAAAGUCAGAUGAAUUGAAUUCUAAUAGUACUGUUUCUUCUGUGCCAAAAGUACUGAACAAAAAUCAACAAACAGAUACAAAGAGAAAUUCAAAAUCGUUGAAAAUCUUCAAUAAGAAGCGCAAACGAGAAGAAAGUUCAGAUCCUGAAUUAAUAUCUGCAAUGAAGAAGAGACAAUUAUUUUUAUAAAUUAAAAAUGUUAAAGAAAAAAGAAAC